AUGGAGAAGAAUAAUCAAACUCAAAUCGAAAGGAGAAACAGAGGGCAGGUCCAGAGAGAUUUAUUGCUAUCCACGCCAUCUUGGGUCGCCAGGUUCACUAAAUUCCCUCUCCAAAGGAAAGCCCCCAUGGACCAACCAAUGCAAGUGAAAUUGCUGAAGAAUAAAGGAAGGAGAGUGGUUGAAAUGGAGGAACUAUUGAAGUAUCAAUCCGAGACGCACACCAAAAAAAUCAAAGUUCAAAUGAUCGGAGUUUUCGAAGAACUUAUGACAUUUCACGUUCAACAGAACAUAAAGAAAAGCAAAGAAAAAAUGCAUGAGGUUUUUCAAGAGCUUAUGACAUUCCAUGAUGAACAGAAAAUGAUAAUUAACAGAAGACAAAUGCGUGAAGUUUUUACAGAGCUAAGGACAUUUCAUGAACAACGAAAGGCUGAAAAGACCAAGGAGCAAAUGCGUACAGUUUUAACAGAGAUAAUGAUGUUUCGUUCUCAGCAAAAGAUGAGGACGUCCAAGAAACUCAUGACUAGAGUUUUUGCAGAGCUAAUGACUUUUCAUGCUCAUCAAAGGACUAAGCAGGCCAAAGAGAAAAUGCGUGAAGUUUUUGCAGAACUGCAGACAAUUCAUGCUCAACGGGAAACACAAACACAAAAGAUGAUGAAAAGAAUGCAGUUAGUGUUUGCCGAGCUACUGCAAACUAACUCUGAAAGGAAAAAGUUGAAACUGUUGGAGGAGGAGGCGUACGAGGAGUUCGUCCCGAGAAAGCUGUUCUUCUUCAACAUCAUCAGUUUCAAGCAAACUGACGAUGACCAUCUACGCCAGGGCCCGAGUUAUCCAGACUUAUCUAACCCCGUGGCUUCAUCCCAACUUGCACCACCCCAAGAAUCCCUAGAUGCCACGGCUGUUGUUGAUGAUGAAAAUGAAGACGAGGAAGAGGACAAAAUUGAGACUCAAUCAAAGAAGAAGAAAAACUGCGGACUGAGAAAAAGAGUGUUGAGAUUUUUUGGAUUGAAAUAG